CGGGAACCCGCUGGACGACGAGGUCGCGGACCUCGAGCGGGCCGUCGAGGACCCCGAGCUGGACGACAGGCCGGCGCAGCUGGGGCAGAGCUUGCGGGCCGGCGCCCCUGCGCCGAGCAGCCGCCCGGCAGCGAAGAACGCGGCGGCGCCGGGUGCUGCGCGGGCCCUGGCGAAGCGGGCAGUGGAGCACUCCGCCGCUGCAGCCGCCGCCGCUCGGCCGGCCGCCUCCUCUGGCCGCGAUCGCCUGGCCGAGGCGUUAGCCUCAGCGCUGCUGGGCGGCGAUGGCGCGGGCGAGGCCGGCGAGGACGGGGAGGUCGCGCUGGGCCGCGACGUUUACCAGGGCGCGAACGUCAAGCGCGACCUCUUCCAGAAGAUCGCGCGGCAGCGGCCCGGCGUGCGGUUGGAGAGCGGGCUGGCGCACUUCAGGGGCCAGUUCACCCAGCUGCUGGCCGACGAGAGCCCCGUCGAUCCGCUCGGCCCCUGCGCCACGCAGUGCCUCAACACUGUGUUCUUUGCGGCGACCUGCGCUGGGGCCAAUUGCCAAUAUAGCGUCGUUGAGCACAAGGAUCCAGAGACUGCGCUGGGAGAGACAGCAGACGAGAUUAUGUUCAGGGUGUGCGAGGCCGGGGGCAAUGACGAGGGGUUCUGGGCGCCAGAGUCCGAAGUGGACCCCCGAGCUGCGAUCCAGUACUUCGCGGAGAAAGGCUUGGACGCGCAGCGGAGGAUAACAGAGCGGAGGUUGCGGAAGAGGCGGGCGCAGGCGGACGCCCGCGAAGCCGUAUCCGCAGUCAUGGCCGAAGCGGCGUCGUUCUGGCACCUACUGACGCCGCAGGAGCGAGAGGACACGCUGGCCCUGCACUCUUCCUCAGGAGACUUGGCCGCUAGCUCGUGCGGAACGCACAAGGAAGGGGAGAAGGAGAGACUCCUUUCAGCCCAGACUGCUGGCGUCAUGUGCGCAUGCACGAGCUCUGGGAUCAUCACGUCGUUGCGGGAGAUGGUCGGAUCAGAAUCUUUGUCGCGGCGAUAUUUUUUCGUUAGUGCGUUGAAAUCGUUGUACCCAGAACUGGAACUUAUCGUGCAUGAUGACGCGUGCCAUCUGCGCAAAUUCAGCGCCUCCCGUGAAUCCCACUCAGCCCACGCGGCCGCCAUCGCCCCCCCGCGCUUGAAGUACUGCGUGGAUGAGUUUCAUGCGACGGGUCACACUGACGCAUGGUGUCUGGCAAACUGUCACCCAAAGAACCCGUCUCUGGCCGAACUCGUGCAAGGGUUCCGUUCCAGCGUUUGCGAGUUCACGCUUACUUGGUUGAGCCAGUACAAGCACCAGACCAAGCACAUGAACCAGUUUGGCUUUUGCUUCUUUCUACUGGAGAUGGCAGACGCUCACAAUGAACGCGCGCGCGGGCAGCCCACCCUGGCGGACCCGGCGGGCCCGGCGGACCCGGCGGACCCGGCGGACCCAGCGGACCUGGCGGACCCGGCGGUCCCGGCGGACCCGGCGGACCCGGCGGACCCGGCGGACCCGGCGGACCCGGCGGACCCGGCGGACCCGGCGGACCCGGCGGGCCCGGCGGACCCGGCGGACCCGGCGGACCUGGCGGACCCGGCGGACCCGGCGGACCUGGCGGACCCGGCGGACCCGGCGGACCCGGCGGACCCGGCGGACCCGGCGGACCCGGUCGUGGAGGUCAGUGACUUGCUCAUGCAGGAGUUGAAGGCCAGGACGAUGGCGUUAACUGCGGGACGGCCACUGGCGCAGCGCCCGUCGGCUCACGCUGACCCCGGGCCCAGCGAGGGCAUGCCGGCCGGGGCCUCGCAGGACGAAGAGGCGGCUGCCGAGCGCGUCGAGGCUCGCGAGAUGAAGGUCGCGGAGCUGAGCGAGGGCCCAGACCCCGACGGGGGCGCCUGUGGCCGGCCAAUCGAGCGGGGCAGGGCCGUGGAGGCGGAGCAGGUCGCGGCCGCGCGGGCCGUCAAGGCAAGGUGCAGCUGCGGCCGUGGGCCCCGGCGGCGGGCCGCUGAGCUGCCCGCGGGAGUUGAGCGAGGGGGGGCCGCGUGGGCCCUCGGGAGAUCGCGCCGCCGCGCGCCCGCUAUAGCGCGCGGCGAGAGCGCGGCCCCCGCCGCGACGGCUGCCACGGGUUCGGCGCCCGGGACCGCCGCGGCGCAGGAGUCCAGCAUGCGCGGGUCUGCUCAGUGCCGGCGCUGGCGGAAGCUGCCGGCGGGCGCCGGCGGCAAGGGCUGCAGCUCUCGGUUCCAGCUGGUCGUCGCUCUGCACGACGCCGCGCACGGGGCACCAGGAGACGUCGGGCGGUUCAUCAGGCGCGCCCCGCCAGCACAGCGCGCGCGCCUCAGGAGAGUUCGCGAGGCGUUGCCGCCACCGAUUCCCGAUUCCCCCGGCUUCCUGGCGCGCCGCGCCGAGUCGCUGGACCGAGGGGAGGUGAGCGCGGCCGGCCUGGGCGCGGCCGUGACCAAGGGCUGGACGGUCUUGGUCGCGCACGCGCUGGACUAUCAGCACGCGGGCCACGGCUGGGGGAGCCCAGCGCCGAGAGGGCCGCUGACCGCCGCUCAGGAGAGCUCGACGCGCGUGAUCAGGGAAGCCGCUGGCUACUUCGCGCGGGGCUCGGCUCAGGAGAUCGAGGUCCCCGACUGGACCGAGGUGGUUGCCACGAGGGACGUCACCUACGGCGGCGAGGAGGUGUCGCGCGCGCUGCCCCUCACGCUGGGCGGCGCGCUGCCGGGGCUGCCAGCGCGCGGCGUCGCCGCCUCAGUUCGCGCGCUCGACAUCACGGACAAGCGCGUCGCGGGCUGGCUCGCUGACCCUUCGCUCGCCCUGCUGCCGAAGGCCGAGUGGCCAGAGGAGGUCCCGCGGGCUGACAUCCAGGCAAGCUCGAAGGCGGAGUGGCAUCGCAUCGGCGCCAAGCUCGUGGAGUUAGGCCUCGCCGCGCCCAUUGCCAACGAGCGGAUCUUCAAGGUCGGAAACCGGAAGGUCCUCGCGGGUGCCUUCGGCGCGGCCAAGAGCAGGACGCCGACGCCCGGCCACUCAGUGGCCCAGCGGCUCAUCAUCAACAUGGCGCCCGCGAACAGCUACCAGAGGACGACGAGGGACGACAUCGGCACGCUGAGUGCCUCGCCGUCCUGGGUCGCCAUCCCCCUGCUGGAGGGCCACGUCCUGCCCUGUUCGUCUGAUGAUCAGGCGUCGGCGUUUUACUGCUACGAGCUGCCCGAUGCCCGGCAGCCCUACAUGUCGACGCUCGCCGAGGCCAUCCCGAACGAGCUCAUCGGCAUCAGCGGCCCAGGGCCCAGGGCGGAGUGGCGGAAGGACCGGCCGCUGCCGCUCAAGUCGAAGCAGCUGGAGCAGGGCAAGGCGAAGCACCGGGAGCUGAUCCUCGAGCGGACGGGCGCCGGCGUCGACGGCGUCACGGGCCGCGUGGGGGUCACGACCGAGAAGCUGCACCUCCUGCUCGCGCUCACCAUGCGGGCCAUGGGCCAGCCGGAGGUCACUGUCAAGGCGAUGUUCGUGGUUCUGGGCAGGUGCGUGCGCGCAGCCGAGUUUUGCCGUCCUUUCAUGGGAUUCCUGAAUGACUGCUGGGCAGCUGGCCAGUGGGCUUACCCGCGCGCGGUCCCGACGCACAUGCGUGCCGAGCUGCUGCUGUUCUGCAUGGCCCUCCCCAUGGCGCGCACCGACCUGCGGGCCAAGAUCGACACGUGCGUGAUCGCCACCGACGCGAGCGAGCAGGCCGGGGGGAUCUGCUACUCCGCUGGCCUCACCGAGCGCGGCCUGAUAGCAGCGCCCGGCGAAGAGGGGCUGGUCCGGCGCCGCUGGCCGGGCGCGGUCGAGCUCGGCAACGUCGAGGCCAUUGACUGCGAGCGCUUCGGCCGGGUCCUCGAGGGGUUUAGGUCGAAGCCGUUCAGGAAGAUCCCCGAGCUCAUCGAGACUGCCGAGCGGGCGGUCGCCAGGCGCGCGGGCCAGUUCGUCGAGAACGUCUUCAGCAUGGGCGUGGAGGUGAGGAGCCAGUUCGCAGAGGCGCUGGGGGUCGCCCCGCUGCUGCUGGACGCGAGGGAUUUCACGCGCGCGCGGCGGCCGUGUCUAUUCUGGCGCCCCUGGCUCGCUGCUGAGCACCCGCCUUUCGGCGCGGCGGUCACCGAGAAGGGCGAAGGUCUCAGCCGCCACCUGAAGGUGGAGGUCGCGAUGCAGCGCGCGCCCGCCGAGCAGUGGCCGCUUGCGGGCUGGCAGCUGCCGGGCCCAGAGGUGGGCUUGCCCUGCUUCGCCCGGCCAAAACUGCGGCGCCAUCCGCCACUGCGCCCGGCGGGGCUGGAGUGGGCAACAGCUGCAGCGCAGAAGCGCUGGGUCAAGGAUAGCCACCGCUACCAGGCGUGCAACUACGAGGACGAGGCCCUCCUGUGGGACCGAGCCCGGGCGCAGGGUAGGCUGCCUGUCGCCGAGGAGCGCGGCGUUCCCAUGGGGCUCGACCGCCGAUAUUUCGAGGCCGCAGUCAAGGCCAACUGGAACAUCGACGCAGACUUCAAGCGGCCAGGCCUCCGGCAUCCCACGGCAGAGCGGAGCCUCAUCAUCGAGUUCUUGCGCAUCGCCGACCGCGGGGGCACGUACGUCAGGUCGGCACUGCGGACUUCGCCGUGGGCCUGGCGGAUCGCCAAGAGUUUCCAGUGGCAGCGGCCAGCCCACAUCUCGGAGCUAGAGCUGGAGGCCGCCGUGGCAGGAGCGAGGUGGAGGUGCCGCGACGUCGCCAAGCACCGCUGCCGCUGCCUGCACCUGCUGGAUGCCCAAGCGGUUGCAGGCGUCUGCACCAAGUGCAGGUCGAGCGCGUGGCGGCUUCAGCCAGGAAUCCAACGGCUCAACGCGCUCGCGACAGGUUGCUGCCCGCUGCACGGCUACUGCGACACCGACGACAUGCCCGCCGAUGUGCCGUCGCGCUGGGCAGGCGCGCGCGGCAGCCAAAGCGAGGCGAUGGAGACGCCGCUCACGCGCCAGCAGUACCAGCAGGCAGUCAACAGCGCCUUCGAAGAUGGCUGUAGCAGCGGCGCGAGGUCACGACGCCAGGUGAACACCGCGAUCGCUGGGAUGUGCUACCACUUCCCCCUGCUGCGAGGCCACCUGCGGGAGAGCUGGCACUUGGCUCGGACGUGGCAGCGUCAAGAGCCAGCCGGGCGUGCGCUGCCCAUUGGCCCGCUCAUCGCGUUGGUGUUGUCUGGCGGUUUCGUCGUCGCGGGCUUCCUUUCGGCCGCGGCGGUGCUGCUUUCCGCGUGCGAAACCUACCUCCGGACGGGGGAUAUUUUGGCCCUUGAGUGGGCAGACAUCACGCUGCAUGAGAGCAGCGGCACGGCCAUGAUCAGGCUGCGCGACACCAAGAGCCAGCACCAGACAGGAGCUGGUGAGUUCGCGAUGGUGCGCUCCCGAUUGGCGGUGCAGCUGUUGGCGACAGCGCGCGGGCAGCGCCGCAGCUCCUCGCAGAGGCGCGAGCAAUGCGAGGAGCGAGCGCUGGGCACGUCGCCAGCAGCGUUCCACCGCGUCUUCGCGGAGAUCAGGUCCCUUUUGGAGCUCGACGGCCAGAAGCUGACGUUGUACAGCUGGAGGCGUGGCGGCGCGUCGGCCGACUUCCGCGCCCACGGUUCGAUGGAGACGACACUCCUCAGGGGGCGCUGGGCGAGCGUCCGCGCGGCAAGGCUGUACGCACAGGACGCCGUGGCAGAGGCGACGACGCUCGACCUCUCGCCUGCCCAGCGCACCCGCUGCCUGCAGCUGGCACA